AUAAGCACCACGUGCUAAAACAGUUUGACUUGUCUGAGAAUUUUAUAGGUUAAUUGUGACUUUAUUUUAUUUAGUUGUGGUUAAAUUGAACUAAUAAUUAUUAUACUACAUUAUUGAACUUUUGUGCCGCAUUUUACAACAAUGGUUAAGAAAAAGAUUGACAAUCGAAUUAGAGUAAUGAUAGAAAAUGGGGUUAAAUUGGAGCACAGGACAAUGUUUGUAAUAGUCGGUGAUAAAGGCCGUGAUCAAGUACCAAUUCUAUUUGAUAUAUUGACGAAAUCUACUGUGAAAACUAGACCAUCAGUUCUUUGGUGUUAUAAGACGAAGGACGAGGCUAUAAGCAACCAUGGCAAAAAGCGAAUGAAGAAAAUAUUAAGUGGUAAAAUUGAUGUAAAUGAAGCUGAUUUGUUUGAUACAUUUCGUGUAUCAACUACCAUCCAUGGAAGAUAUUAUUCUGAAACACAUUCUAUCCUGGGUCAGACAUAUGGGAUGUGUGUAUUACAGGAUUUUGAGGCUUUAACACCAAAUCUUUUAGCUCGUACAAUUGAAACUGUAGAAGGAGGAGGUUUAAUAAUAUUUUUGUUGAAAAGUAUUGCAUCUUUAAAGCAAUUAUAUACCAUGAGCAUGGAUGUGCAUAAAAGAUACAGAACUGAGGCUCAUCAACAUGUCACUUGUAGAUUUAAUGAAAGAUUUUUGUUAUCCCUUGCAGACUGCAAAAGGUGUUUACUACUGGAUGAUAAUUUAACCGUUUUGCCACUAUCCUCAAAGACUGCUGAAGUCAAACCUAUUGAUAUCAGUUCAAUAACUAAAUCUGAGAAAGAAGAGCAAUUGAUAGAUCUAAAAGAAUCUUUAAGAGACACUCCACCUGCUGGGCCAUUAAUUAAUUGUUGCAAAACUUAUGAUCAAGGCAAAGCUCUUGCACAAUUUAUAGAAUCCCUAUCUGAAAAACAAUUGCGCCCACCAACUUCUUUGACUGCUGCUAGAGGUCGUGGAAAAUCUGCAGCAAUGGGUUUAGCAAUUGCAGCAUCUGUAGCAUUUGGUUACGUAAAUAUUUAUGUAACAUCACCCUCUCCAGAAAAUUUAAUUACAUUAUUUGAAUUUGUACUCAAGGGUUUUGAUGCUCUUGAUUACCAAGAGCAUACUGACUACACUAUUAUUAGAUCAACAAAUCCAGAAUUUAAAAAAGCAGUUGUUAGGAUUAAUAUUACCAGGCACAAUCGACAAACAAUACAGUAUGUGCUUCCAACAGACUCGCAUUUGUUAAAUGCAGCAGAUUUAUUAGUAAUAGAUGAGGCAGCUGCUAUUCCUUUACCCUUGGUUCGUGCCAUGAUUGGGCCUUAUCUUAUAUUUUUAUCUUCUACUAUAAAUGGAUAUGAAGGCACUGGUCGAUCAUUGUCUCUAAAAUUAUUACAACAAUUAGCGAAAGAUUCAAAGUCACCACCUCCGAUAAAGUUAGAUGAAUCAAUACGUUACUCACCUGGUGAUGAAAUUGAGCGUUGGUUAAUGGGAUUGCUAUGCUUAGAUGUAUCCAAUGUACCUCCAAUAAUGUCGGGAUGUCCUCCUCCAGACAGCUGUAAUCUGUAUUACAUUGAUAGAGAUGCUUUGUUCUGUUAUCAUAAAGCUGCUGAAGUUUUUCUACAAAGACUUGUUAGCAUUUAUGUUGCUUCCCAUUAUAAGAACAGCCCAAAUGACUUGCAAAUGAUGUCAGAUGCUCCUGCACAUCACUUGUUUUGUUUACUGGGACCAGUGGAUCCCGCUCAAAGAUCUUUACCAGAAGUAUUAGUUGUUCUGCAAGUUUGUCUAGAAGGCCAAAUAUCUUCAAAUACUAUUAGUCAAAGUAUGCAAAGAGGAAAGAAGGCAGCUGGAGAUUUGAUACCAUGGAAUAUUUCAGAACAGUUCAAUGACAAAGAAUUUCCAAAAUUAGCAGGAGCUAGAAUUGUUCGAAUAGCAACAAAUCCUAAUUAUCAGCGGAUGGGAUAUGGUAAGCGUGCAAUACAAAUUUUAAUAGAAUAUUAUGAAGGAAAAAUUGCAAAUAUUGAUGAAGAUUUUGUGGAAGAAACAAAUGGCAUAGAGACAAUAGAUGAUGAACAAGUUUCGUUGCUCACAGAAACUAUUACACCAAGAAAAAAUGUACCUACUCUUCUGAAGAAAUUAUGUGAGAGAGCACCAGAAAAAUUAGAUUAUAUAGGUACUUCUUUUGGUUUAACAGAAGAAUUAUUGAAAUUUUGGAAGUCUAAACAAUUUGUACCUGUAUACAUAGGGCAAAAAACAAAUGAUUUAACAGGAGAGCAUUCCUGCAUAAUGUUGAAAAAACUGGAUAAAGAAGAUGAAAUACCAGCUACAUGGUUAUCUGAAUAUUUUAUUGACUUUCGGCGCAGAUUUAUCAAACUGUUAGGAAAAGCUUUCAGUGAAUUUAAAGUGGGAUUAGGAUUAUCUAUUUUAGAUAACAAAGCUAUAAAUAUUGCAGCAGUUUCAUUGACACAAGAGUUUUUAGAUACGAUUUUAACACCACAUGAUAUAUCAAGAUUAGAAAACUAUAGCAGGAAUUUAGUUGAUUACAGAUUGAUAGUAGAUUUGACGGAAGAUUUAGCUCAUUUAUAUUUUUAUAAAUAUAUACCAAGUGAUGUGAAACUGGAUGCAUUACAACAGGCCAUAUUUUUGGGAAUCGGUCUCCAAAACAAAGAUGUGGAUAAAUUAUCAACAGAAUUAGGACUUCCGGGAUCACAAAUUCUUGCAAAAUUCUUUGAUGCUGUGAAAAAGAUUGUCAAGUAUAUUAUGAAUAUUAUGGAGAAGAAAAUUAGCGAUGCUUUGUUGCAACCGCAAGAUACAUCGCAUAUGCAGCCACUUGUUCAAAGCAUGCAAGAAGAACUGAAUGAAGCGGCUAAAGUGCUGGAGAAGAAGCAGAAAAAACAAUUAGCACAAUUGAAGAAAGAAAAUUUAGAACAAUACAAAAUAAAAGGAACGGAGCAAGACUGGAAAGCUGCUAUUGCUGUUGGAUCUAAAGGAAUUAUUUCAGUAAAAAGUGGUGAGAAACGACUGGGUGAACAACAAACAGAUCAGGAUUUUAGUCAUCCUCCUAAGAAGAAGUCAAAAAAGAAAAAUAAUAAAAAAAAUUAA